CCACGUCGGUAAAUGAGCGUUUUGACGCUAGAGGACGAGCCAAUACCAAGAGUGCACGUCCCCCUGUUUCCAGCAGAUGCUCUGUUCUUUGCUCUGGCUCCAGGCGUGCGUUUCCCACAACUAGGGCACUGCGCCGGGCUGCCGUUUCAAACCUUGUCUUGCGUAAACGGACGUGGCAGAAAUUGCUGCAGGCCGACAAUUCCUCAGCUUUCUCGACGUGCUCCACGUGGUCUCGGAGGAGUUGCCUUCGGGGCCAGAUAGAGGAACAAUCGGAGGAGGACGCCCUGCAGGGCCGGUGGGAUGCCACGGCGCACCUCGGUUCCGCGACGGCACGCGCGCUUCACUUGCUGGUGCCACCCGUGGGGCCGCGAGGGCCUGGCCGCGCCCCGCGGCCUGGGCCAGGGUGCCGCUCCUCCCUGUAGAGGUGCGUCGCGGCGGCGCAGCGACCUCCACGCCUCACGCCUCGUAGGGGCGAGUAGCGAAGUGCGCUCCCAACAAACAUGCAGCGAGCGGUUUAUCCCUUUCGAUCUUGGUUCUGGCCGGUCCGAUCCGAUUCGAUUCCAGUGUCCUGGCGAUCCCGAGGCGGCCCGACGCUCGCGUGGCUCUGCCGUGCAUCUUGGCGCGGCCCAUCCGGGUGGGCUUCCGCACCUCGCGCACCGCGCUCCCCACGGGCUGGUUUUCUGUCCCGAGUAGUUUUUUUACUAAGGCCCUGGAGAGUCCUCUCCCUGGAGUGCAGGAAUUGGGCCUUCCUCUUCCAUGCCGCCCGAGUUGGGCUGGAGUGCAGGAAUUAGGUUGGAAUGUGCGGGGCCCUUGCGACGGGCCUGCAGUCCGCACGAGGACGCUUUGCAGAGACACGCCAUGAGAAGUCUGACGCUGCCGUAACUAUUUACUCAGAUGCUGUAGCCUUUUUGUUUCAGCCCUUCGGGGCUCCCAGGCCCUGCCCGAGACCAGCCACGCUCCUCAGGCUUGGCCUGGCACGGUACACGACGACGUCUGCGAGAGUGGGGCCGGAGCAGACGGAGGCUCGGAUCGGAUCCCGUCGCCCCGCCGACGCGUCGGCGGCGCGGCGCGACCUGCAGCCCGACGCUCCCCGACGUCGCCGGCGCAUGGCCGACGCACCAGCGACGCGCCGCGACCCUCCCGCCGGGUCUGUCUCGGCGCAGCCCGGGAGGCCGGAGGCCUCCACCUGCUCGCCGCGCUGCCGCUGCCGCCGGGCAGAGAGAGCGCCGGCGCCCGUGUGCGCCGGCGGUGGGCCUCUCUCUCUGCAGCUCUCGGGCCGUCGGGGCCACGCGGGCUGGCGCUGCCUGCCCGUCGGCCCCUUGGUCGACACCCUUGCCGCCACGGGGCGUUGGAGGGGUCACGGAGAGGAUUUGCGGUUCAAUUUGUAGAACGGGAAGCAACGAGCAAGACAGGAGCGGCCGCACGGCAUCCGCCGCCGUUCCGCCCAAGUUCUUUCUUCUCCCCGUUCUUGAAUGUGUUGAUAAAUCUGCUCGUCUCGCUCGCCCGCGGCCGGCCCACACUGCGCAGACGCUGACCCCUGCAAGCACUUCUGCUGGUGCCCGCUGCCUCGCCCGCCUUCGCA